UAAAAUCGUCUUCGCUGCGUGUGUACUUGUGUUGUAAGUCUCAGUUCAAGGCUCUCUCCCGUUUAUUGUCUUUUAAAAUGGCGGCGCAGGACGAGAAGGAAUCACUCCUUAAGGAAGAGACAGGUGCAGAGAUGCUCAAAAACAGGGAGGCAGCAAUGGAGAGCAGCAAGAAGAAAGAGUCGAAACUGAUCCUGUAUCACUGGACCCAGUCAUUCAGUUCUCAGAAGGUGAGGCUGGCCAUAGCUGAGAAGGGUUUGCAGUGUAAGGAGUAUGACGUGAGCUUGCCUCUGAGCGAGCACAACGAGCCAUGGUUCAUGCGUCUGAACCCAGCCGGCGAGGUUCCUGUUCUGGUACACGAUGAUCGUGUCAUCUGUGACCCUACGCAGAUCAUGGAUUACUUAGAGGAAACUUUCAACGAUGAGAAAACUCCAAAGCUGAUUCCAGAGACAGGGAGCACAUAUUACCACAGGGUCCAGCAUUAUCGGGAACUGCUGGACUCCCUGCCCAUGGACGCCUACACACACGGCUGCAUCCUCCAUCCUGAGCUCACAGUGGACUCUCACAUUCCAGCCUACGCCAACACACGCAUCCGCGCACAGAUUGGGAACACAGAAUCUGAGCUGAAGAAACUGGCAGAAGAAAACCCGGAGCUUAAAGAUGCUUAUAUCUCAAAACAGAGACGCCUCAAAACAAAGCUGUUCGAUCACGACAAUGUGAAAUAUCUGAAGAAGAUUCUGGAUGAGCUGGAGAAAGUUAUGGAUCAGGUGGAAACGGAGCUGCAGCGGAGAGCAGAGGAGACACCAGAGGAAGGAACUCAGCAGUCGUGGCUAUGCGGCGAGUUUUUCAGCAUGGCCGACGUUUCGCUCGCCGUCACGCUCCACCGGCUCAAUUUCCUAGGCCUCUCGCGUCGUUAUUGGGGCAAUGGCACGCGGCUCAAUCUGGAGUCGUACUACGAUCGCGUCCUGGAGCGCCCUACGUUCCGCCGGGUCCUCGGCCAUGUCAACAACAUCCUCAUAUCGGCCGUGUUACCAACUGCUUUCAGAGUGGCCAGGAAAAGAGCGCCCACCUUCAUAGGGACCACGGUGUUAAUCGGAUUGUUAGGAGGUGCGACAUAUUUGGCUUUCCUUUAUUUUAAAAAGCGACUGCUUGUGUCCUGAAGUAACCAUAGGCUUUUUUUCAUGGUCUCAUAAUUUUUUUUUUUAGCCUCUGCAUCUAUAUACACUCUUAUUUCUGGUCUAGAGAUAAUGGGUUGAGGUGAUGUACAGUAAAAUGACAUGGAUGUGACACUGUGUACAGAAGGGCAUUAUCAUGACUGUAGUACUCGUUUUCAUCUUAAAUAUAGCCAUUAGCGGACCAUAGGAGUUAGGAAUUGACCAUAGAUUCGAAUUCAUUUUUACAAAUUGUACAAACCCUCACAUCAAUUUAACUCAGUUCAACCUUCCCCAAUACAAUACACGUCUGUUCAAUUUAAAAAAAGCUUCUUAAAGCCAAGAAGCGUAGAAGAAAUAUCAUGUACUUGCUUUCAUACAAGUGAGUGUCUAGAUUUAAAGCUCAGAUAAAAAUCAGUCCUUAGCAGCAUCCUGCUCAGUCUCUUAAAUUACGCCACUAGUUCAUUUAUAUCUUAGGGAAAUAGACCUCAAUCAACGGCAAGUACAAAUAACAGCCAUGACGGAAUUCAAAACAAUCGCACCCACAUCUCUGGAGUGAUCUAGCUGAGGUUGAGGAACUGUCGGAGCCAGAACGCACACAUUCCCACGAUUGUGUUUAUAUUAGAGCUGUGCUACACAAGCUUUUGCAAGUCUUUGUGACUUAUUCGUCAAAGCAGAGUGUGUGUGUGUGUGUGUGUGUGUGAGAGAGAGUGAAUGAGAUCAUUUGCUUCUCCUGCUCAGGAUUGUUUUAUUGUCUGGAAAGUACAGUGAUCAUGGAAAUAUAUGCACAUUUAAGCACUUUUGGUUUAAUCCUGUGUAGAAUGUUACAAACACCUUCUGUAUUGUGUCCCGAACUUUCCACAGUGACUAAUAAACUGCACACUAGUGAGCAUGUGCCGAUUAAUCGACUGUACCGUAUAUAUAAUAAAAUCGACAUGAUUUGUUUUUCGGACUCAAUUCAAUCGGAGCUUGUUUUAUUUCAUUAUUGGUUUGGUUUAUUUAGUGAAGCCGUACAUUUCAUCAGACUUGUGUUCGGUACCAGGAAACAAAGUCAGAUCAAACCAAUCCUGGCUUUUCUUUAACUGUGUUGUAUGGAACUGUCCUAUAUUAUAAUAAAAUAACUCAG